CCAGCACCCGAUUACCUCCGCGCUUGGCAGCCUGGGAAUUUCUGCAAACUUUCAAUCAGCAUACAGCCCGCCAGCACAAUCAACACCAUCCGCUUUGACAAUGCCGGCUCCGAUAUACAGCAGAUGGGUUCCCCCAAGCGCUGCGACACAGGCUAACGCCCAGUUGACACCAUCGUCUACCGCGAACCCCUCGCCGUCCACGCGGCAGAACGAGGCCAGUCCGUCGAAUGCGCGGGGCAGCAAGCGCUCGACAAAACAUACGGACACUCCGAGAAAGGCAAUCGGGAAUGACGAUUACGAUGCGGAGGAAGUCGCAAGCCCAGCACCUUCAUCGUCGGCGAAGAAGCCAAAGAAGAGAAAACGAGAUUCUAUUGUAGACGAGCACCAUGGUCCUACCGAUGAAUUCACGCCCAAGAAACACAAAUCCAUCCUGUCCAAAUUUGAGAAGGUCGCAAAGAAGGCAAAUAAAGCCCAAGAUAAUCGGGAUGCUAUUGGAGGAGAUGAGGAUGUGCUCCCAGAGGGCCCAGAAGAGAUUCUCCAUGACCUCGAGCCCCUUCCUCAACCUGCUCCUGUACCAGACUCCGUCUUCGAUCCAACCUUCUCGGUUCUACCAUCUUGGCUUGCGAACCCAGUGACAGUGGAAGCAUCCAAGCGUGUACCGUUCGACCAACUAGACGUACAAUCUCACUUUGCCAGCAAACUUGAGAAACAAGGGUUCAGUGACGCGCUGGCUGUACAGUCUGCUCUUUUACCGAUGCUUCAUCCUGGAUACCAACAGUAUCAAGGUGAUAUAUGCGUUUCCGCAAAAACAGGCUCAGGGAAGACGUUGGCCUAUCUGCUGCCAAUCAUUGAGGCAUUGAAGGACCAUGUUACACCUGUUCUGUCAGCUAUCAUCGUGGUACCAAGCCGUCAACUAGUCGACCAAGCGCUGCAAAUUGCCGACGAGCUGUGCGCUGGGACUAAAAUUAAAGUCGGAACAGCCCUCGGAAGCACACCCUUUGCUACUGAGCAGAAACAGCUGGUGAAAACUACGGCACAAUACGACCCCGAAAGAGCGCAAGAGCUGUACAAGAGAGCUACAUGGCAAAUGAAAACCGGGUACACGGAGCGAGGAAUUAUUGACGAUCUAAAAUCGAUGCCUACCGACCACAUACCUCUAUAUCACUCCGGCGUCGACAUAUUAAUAUGCACUCCAGGACGGCUUGUGGAACACAUAGAAUCGACUACUGGAUUUCUUCUCCGCUCUGUGAGAUGGCUAGUAAUUGAUGAAGCAGAUCAGCUGCUUGGUCAGAACUUCCAAGGGUGGUCUUCCGUUCUUAUGAAAGCGCUGCAUGGGGAGACCGCUGCAGACCUUAUGAAUGCACGAGAGCGUAUUCAAAAGCAGGCAGUGAGAUCAGGACAGACUUCUUGCUUGUACAAACGCAAACAACUCACAAAAGUCGUGCUCAGCGCCACAAUGGAGACGGACCUGACAAAACUCGGGUCACUUAAACUACAAAGGCCUAGGCUGGUAUCCGUGGUCGAGGAACCCGGGUUUCAGGUACCUGCGGGUGCAGAUGGUGACAACUUCGAGCUCCCUUCCACUCUCGAUGAGAGCGCUGUCUCGGUCAGAGACGGUGGGAAGAAGCCUUUGUACCUGCUUUACCUUUUGCUCCAAUACAUAUUCCCCGCAGAUGAGAAUGAGGAUAACGAUGCAGAAGUGGAAAAGUCAGCUUCGGAAGCUCCAGCCAGGCCUUCCUUGCAAAAUCAGAGCAGCCGCGUACUGAUAUUCACCAAAAGCAACGAGAGCGCUUCUCGAUUGUCACAUCUACUGACUGUCCUUGAGCCGAGUCUAAAGGAUUAUCUCAGAACGAUGACACCGUCAUCGACAUCGAAAGCAGCCAAAAAGUUGCUCCGUUCUUUCGGUUCCGGCGCUAUCAAAAUCCUGAUUGCGUCUGAUGCUGCUUCACGAGGUUUGGAUAUACCCGACAUCACCCAUGUCAUAAAUUACGAUAUGCCCACCAGCGUCACCAGUUAUGUGCAUCGUGUCGGACGGACGGCUCGCGCUGGGAAGCCUGGUGAAGCAUGGACUUUGUUCACGAAGAGUGAGGCGGCCUGGUUCUGGAAUCAGUUGGCAAGAGGUGACAGCGUACGGCGGGGUGACAAGAAAAUGAGAAGAAUCGAGUGGAAGGAGUGGAACGUGACAUAUAACAGAAAGAGGACAUAUGAAGCCGCUCUGGCAGAAUUACAACAAGCAGUUGUAGGUGCGGAGGUGGCAGAGUAG